UUUUAGUGAGCCAAAUAAAAAAGUAUCUGCAUGACCACUUCAUUGAAAGAAAAGAAAAAAAAAAUCCUUAACAUUGUGCUACCAUUCCAUUCCAACCACACCCUAGGAAAAUGGUUAACCAUCCGAUUGAAUUUCUUGCUCACCUUACAGUGCUGUCAUUGCGUCCGUUGGCCAUACCAGCAGCGAUCAGGUACGAUUGUACUUGACAUUGCAUUUUCACUUGCGCCAGGGCUACACGCUGGCAUACAGAUCAAAUAACAAAAGCUUGCUCUACAAAUCAAGAAUGUUCUCGUUGUUUGUUCAACUGUGGAUUUAACGCUUGCUUGGAGCUUGUAUGACGAGCGUCAAAGCUUCUCAGCCAAGCUAGUAAAACACUUGAUCUUGAAGUUGUGGGAGAUUAAAGGUAAAGUGACACAAAAUGAAAGGAAAAGUCUCUAUUGUAGCACUCACAGUCCUGUUGUUUGUGGUAAAUGGAGCACCAGUCGAUCCGGACCCAGCACCAGUAUCGAAAGCGAUCGCGCUGAUCCAUCAUCUGACCUACCUGAUCGACUAUCUCGUACAGUAUGUAAUAGGGAGCGGAAACGAUCGCAAAACGCCUCAGGAAGCCGCGGACUACUAUCAGAACGCACUGGUAGAAGGAAAAAACCCUCCGGGACAGGAUGCGCAGGGUCUCAAGCCGGAUAAUGGACGCGCACGUCAGGAAACGGAAAUCAUACACAAAAUGAUGAAGGUUUAAGACACCAGUGACGGUGAACCGAUGCAUGAAGGUCCGUGCAAUAUUGUAAUGAUCGGAAAGAAACUAGUGAUCAUCGAUCGUCGCU